AUGGACAACAUGGCAUUAAAGCCACCUUAUGCCGGCUUGGCUCAGCGGAGCAGACGAAGCCAGUGCGAUCUCGAAUUUAUCAGAACUACAAUCAAGAGCCGCACGCUAGAUGAAUGCGAAUUCAUCAACUCAGAGAUCGAAGGUUGCAUUAUGAAUCUAUGCUUGACAGAUCGGUGCGACAUCGUCAACACUUCAUUGGACAAGUCGGAACUCCGCGAUACCAUCAUCAGCAAAUCCAUCAUCUGUUACUCGAUAUUAUACGAUUGUACGGUUGUUGAUUGCGAAGUCUUGAAUUGUAAGCUCGUCAACUGCCAAAGCAUCAACACUCCACCUGCCGACUCCGAACAAGAUCGAAGACUUCUCAACAAGGUUCUUUCCCGGCACUUAUCACUCCCUCAUGAACUUCCAUGUUUCGCGCAAUAUGUCGAAUGUCGACUCCGAGAUUGCAAGGUACAAAAUAUCAAGUUGCGCUGGUCGACGGUGAAUGGUGGCUCCUUUGCAUACUGCAGGGUUUACUUCUGCGACUUCGAAGACAGCCGGUUGAAGAAGUUGCAGGUCGACAGGGGCACUUCCUUUGCGAACUGUACUCAUGACAACAGACUCAUAGGUUUUAAACACCCGCCCUCUUUGGAUGUAUUGCCGGUUGAAGUGCGCCAAAGAAUCUUCGGCUUGGUCACCGAGUGGACAGGCAGAACCCCAUCCUUGAUAAUUGCUUUACGAGCCAGCGGGAUCAUGUACAACGAGGCUUUGGAUGUUUCGGUUCGAGAUAAUUACUUUACGUUGAGAGACUUGGACCGCUUGAAUACGUCGACCCUUCCCAAUAUGUCAACGAAGACUCUUGGUUCCAUCCAGCGACUCUUGGUUUGGUAAGUCUUGGAGUUGACUUGCUCUAGCAUUCUUCCUUUUCGACCAAUGACUAGUUCAUCUGCAGUGGUUUUAAUGAUUUCUAUAAGGAAAUAUCGGACGAUAAGACUAUUGUUGAAAUCAUCAACCGAGGCGUUAUGGUCAAUUAUCUUCUCGAUGGAAAGAAGAACAAGCUUCCGCCAUUAGAGCAUCUGAGAGAUUUGCGCCUUCGCGAAAUUCACGACCACAACCCAGAUGAUUUUGGAGCACGAAUCGACAAAUUUAUUGAGCUGGCCCAGAGAUACAAAUUGGAGAAGCUUUCCAUUUCGAUAGAGGGUGUUAAAAAGGACCAUAAGAAGUGUUCAGCUGGGACUGCGGGCUACAAAACAUGCGAGGAAGUUUUGAAUACCAAGAUUUGGGAGAUCAACGCGAGACUUGGAAUCCCAGCCAAGAAUGAAAAGCUGGUCAACUACAGUCCAACUGAGCCUACCCUAUUUCACCCUCCAGAACACAGCACAAAGGCCAAAACUACGUUCACAUGGCAGGCAGCAGAGGAUUUUAAAUUGGAAUGGAAGAUCAUCAACUGA